AGUAAGCUUUUAUUUUAUUUAUUUAUUUAUUCAUUUUUUUUGGACAAAACUAUUAAAUCAUUGACAACCUGGUAACUGAACAAGGAAUGGUCAUGAAGACAUAUGUGUGUCCCAUUAUAAUUCCCUGCACAAAGACUCCUCGAUGCAAGCUAUUCCUGUCUUCUUAUUGUGUUUGUUGGACAGAUUCGUGAAUACUGUGGCAAAGUAUCGUGACUGGAGGCUGAAGAUCUGUGUGAUUGUGAGAGCUGCAACUUGGUCUGCUGAAAACAAGAGAAGGACAGAAGACCGGAGGGAGGAAGGAAAGGAGACAAGGAGGCCGUCAGACGGGUGUUGGGCCGCGGCCUGCUGUAUUCCUUCGACUCCGUUCACCUCCAUUCACAGUAAAUAAAAGCAUGGAGGAUCUGACUCUCGGGAUCUAACGCCGAACAGCGGGGGGUAGACUCGCUGCCGCAUGCGCUCUCGCUUUUAUGAAAACACACAGGAAGGAAGCGGGACGGCCGUGAACGCGUUGACAGCUGGAUUUAAGUGGUUUUCCGUGGAAACAGGACCGUAGUUGGGGAUAGGAUCGGGACAGCGCGCCGUGCGGAGCAUGAAGCGGACGGCGGUGGUGGCCAGGCACAAUGGCCUCGUUUCUCCUUUGGGGAACAACAACUCCGGGGCUUCGAGCAUCGUCUCACCGCUCCUGCCGAGGGCCACCAGUGUCUCCGCUUCUGCCGACAUCGGCGCCGGCGGCGGGGUGGACGGCCUUCUGGAUUUCUCCAAAGGCCCCACCGUCAAAACCGAGCUGGUGUGCAAAUGGAUUGACCGAACUUGUUCGAGGCAGCGGUUUGGGCGGACAGCGACAUCCGUCUGCGACCAAACUUUCAGCUCCAUGCACGAGCUGGUGGACCACGUCACCACCGAGCACGUCGCCGCGGGGCUCGAGACCCUCAGUCAUGUCUGCAUGUGGGACGAGUGUCUGCGCGGCGGGAAGGCGUUCAAAGCCAAAUACAAACUCAUCAACCACAUCCGCGUGCACACCGGGGAGAAGCCGUUUUCAUGCGCAUUUCCCAACUGCGGCAAGAUGUUCGCACGCUCCGAGAACCUGAAGAUCCACACACGCACGCACACUGGUGAGAAGCCAUUCCAGUGUGAAUUUUGCGAGCGGCGCUUCGCUAACAGCAGCGACCGGAAGAAGCACUCGCAGGUCCACACGGCCUCAAAGCCCUACGACUGCAAAGCGCUGGGCUGCACUAAGUCUUACACACACCCAAGCUCCCUGCGCAAACACAUGAAGGUUCAUGUCAAGUCCUCACCUACCUCUGAACCUCAGGACCUGUACGACUCCAUCCCUCAUCAACUCCAGUCACCUCAUCAAGCUGUCCUUGAGCCCCUUGACCUUAAAAUGAAUCGCCUUUCUCCACCACUUGCCAACAAAACCACCCAUUUUCCUCUUUUGUCCAAUCAUGAAUUGGAUAUCAGCUCAGCCAGUGAAGUGGACCAUAAGCUUCUGCUACGGAGUUCAUCUCCAGUGGCAAUGCCUCUCGAUCUUUCUCUGUCAGGCCUAAAGAGUCAGCUGACCCAGAGGCAGCAGAGUGGCAGGACCCCACGCAGGAGUCAGCGCUCAGUCAACCCAGCCUUACCUCAGUUGUCUAACAUUAAGGAGUGGUAUGUCUGUACCAGGACUACAGCACCACACUUUCCUCUGGUCCACCCAGACCAUAUCAAAUCAGAACCUAGCGAUGAGGAUGAGUAUGUCACGUAAGAUGGAGGGACUGGUGAGUUGGGACAUGAAGAACAAAUCGCAUACUGUCAGACCCAGGUCAGGCGAAGGCUGCGAUCAGAGGGAUGGAUUUUUACAGCAUCUCACAUGAAAAAACUCAGUUCAGAGAUUGUCACUACGUAUGGACCAAAAGCAGUGGCUGAAAUUAUACCAGAAAGGACAAAAAGAAUUUUAUCGUUAAGGUUAUGAAACAAAAUGUUUUACAGAAAACUGCAAGUUCUCAGAUUUAGCUAGCUAACCUGAACACACAAAGGAGUUCAUUUUGUACAGCUGGACCAGAGGAUUUUGGUAACUGCACUGCUUGCUGUUAAAGAAUCUGUACAGGGUGUGUGUACAUGAUGACCUCUGUAACGCAGCAGAUUAUUGUCCAAUUUAAGGGCUCCACCUUGGUAAAACAAUAUCAAGGGCUAAAUCGUCACUGAUGGAAAGAGAUUCAUGUUGAAGGUCCAGAACAGCAGACACAUAUGGUGGAGCGUUAGUCUAACAGUGUAAAAAAAAGGUCUCAGUAUGCUUUAAACAAGCUCAUUUGCACAAUGUUUGAAAGUUGCAAAAAGCAGCAGGUUCUGCUGUCAGAAAGGGAGGUCUACAUACCGUUAGAUGUUCUGACAAGCACCUGCUUGAAAACAGACUGAGGCCGUUAGCAACAAACCAUUGGUCAUUUGUUUAAAAGUCAUUGGAACUUGUUCAAAAGUGUUUACAGUUAAAAGUGAUCACAGUCUAAUCCAACAGAGCAGCAAGCAGUGAAACUGCAGUUAAAGAGAAUGGGUCUGAUCCUUAUUUGUACUGAUCAAGUGUCUCCUUAGGUUCUUCAAAGGGCCUAUCAGUGGGUUAACUGCAUACAUCUGUUCUUGCUCCAGUCACAACUGAGUCAACACCUUAAGCUUUCUAAAAUCACCACACAUCUCAUGUACACGUUGUUUUAACAAUGGACAGUGGCAUCUUGGAUUUGAAUAUUGAGUCAAAAUCAGCAUCCUCCAUCACUGAAUGAAUGAAACAAGCAGAACUGUGUAAGACUGUGGCAUGGCUUGAAAACGUGUUUAAUGUCUGAAGGGAAAACCUGAAAUGGUUAAAACGUGAGUCAAAGCAAUGCUCAUUAUCCAUCCACUAGUUCAUUUCAAAUUGGAUUGGACCUUCGGAUACAAGGAAGCCUGAAUGUUUUUCCGGUGAAGUAGACGGGUAACUCUAAAUUGCCAGUGGGUGUGAAAGUGUGUGUGACUGUCUCUGUCAGCCCUGUGAAUAACCUGUGACCUGUCCAAGCUGUAUUCCACCUCUGACCCAAUUUCAGCUGUAGUAGCCUACAAUUCUCUGCAACCCUCAGAGAUUUAACCAGGCAUUGCUGAUGGAUGGAUGUAUGUUUUCUCUUCUAAAUAAAUUUGGCUAAAUAGGGAUAUCUUUAUAACCUUUUUAGUUGCCAUGUUACCAAGCUAUUAACUUUGUCGCUACAUUAUUGUUUCUGAAUGAUGGACAUAACUGUAAAAAUAACCUUCAAGUUUAUAGAAACUUGUGUUUAUCUUUACACAAUACAAGGGAUUUGAGAAAUGUGUCUCAUUUUAAUGCAGGGUCACUAAUGACUAAGUGGUUGAGGGAGCAAUUACUGAGAAAGUCCGAAUCACAGAGGUAAUGUGGACUUUCAGUGCAGAAGGUUUAAGUGCAAGGACAGAAUUGUGGCAUUGAAGUUUUAGUCGUGUCUCGAUAUGAGCAACCAGUUGUUCACAUGGUUGGACCAGUGGUCAGCACUGCCACUUCACAGUUAGAUGGUCCUGGUUUAAAUCCUCAAGCUCGGGCCUUUCUGUGUGCAGUUUACCAGCCUUCUCUAUGUGUGGGUUUCUACCACAGUCCAAACAUAAUUAACUGAAAACUCUGCCUAUGUGACCGUAAGUGUGACAGGUUGUUUGUCUGUACAUGUGAACCCUGUGCUGGGACUUGUUCAGGGGUGCUCUGCCUCCCACCCAGUGUGAGUGGGGUUAGGUUCCAUCUCUUUGUGACCCUGCAUGUGAUAGGCUGGUAUAGAUAAUUAAUUGAUCCUCUGCAUGGGUCAUUCCACCUCAAUUCACCAAAUUAAAAAAAAAAAUAUCAUACCUGACCAUCUCACAUUUGUCUGAUUUUUUUUUUCUUCGUACGUAUGUUAUUUAGUAAAACGUUCAAAACUUGAGAUCAUUGGUAGCAUUAGUUUUUCAGUUAAUAAUUCUUAAAGAGGGUGGGGUCAUGUUAAUUUUGCACCGUUUUCCUUGCACCAGUGUCUGAAGUAAUGUUUGAAGUGCCAUAACUUGAGAAAUAAUGUAGCCAGAGUCCUGAAAUGUUGCAGGCUCAUUGAUAUGCACAUCUAGUCUUCAAUGGUACAACCUGUGUUAAUAAAAUAAUACAAACCAGUUAUAUCAUGAUGCAAAUUUGGUCCAAAAGGUUAAUUGUUUCUGUAUACUCCGAUGUUUCACCCACCUAUAAAACCUUCUUUUUCAGCUUUUCACUUUUCCAGUUGGGACACUAAGGGAGUGGUUUCACCAUCACACCUGCUCAGUGAUUAUUGUGCAGGUAUACAAUAAUAUUGUCCAUAAAUGCAAGAACUUAAUUUUAAUAUUUCUGUCUCAUAAAGUAUACCUAUGACUGGUACCAGACACUUCAUUUUUAAAGCUCCUAUUUGUGCUAAUCACAAGAAAACAAUCUGCCUUUUAGGGUGAAAAAUUUCGGUGAAAAGUUUUAUGGUUUGUGGAAUAUCUGUGUAGACAGAAACAUUAGCAUUUUUUCACCAAAUUUACACCAUUAUAACUGAUUACAAUGUAAAAAUUGACAGGACCCCACUCCUCUUAAGAACUCAGAAACUAAUGUUACCCAUGAACCCAAAUUUUACACAUGGUCAACUCAAUCAAUAUUCACUACUUUUUUUAAAAAAAAAACAACAAAAAAAUCUGUCAAAUUGAGGAUGGUCAGGCGUGGGGCGUUUGGUGAAUUGAGGUGGGAUGACCCAAAUGCAACCACUAACUGAUAUACAUUCCAUUUGACAUAGAAGUGUCAUCAUGUUAUCAAGCCAAUUCUCAGAGUGCUUGUUAACAGCUGUCUCAUAUCCAGCGCACAGAUUUCUAUACUGAUGAAAACACUUUCUGUUCUUUUUAGAAGAGAUGUUCAUUACUGUCUUAGUGCUUAAUGCAGUAUUACUAGAUCUCAAGUUAUUCCAGUAUUCUAGGUCAAACAACCAUACAUUUAACGAACCAUCCGUUAUGUCUUUAUAAAAUGUUUAUGAAUUCAAGGCAGUUGUUGAAAUGUAAGAUAAGGUGAAGUAGUAUAAACUCAACCUGUAUUCCUUAAUGACCUGCCUUACAAAACAGAAACGCUCUGAUUAAUCAACACGAAAUUAACAUUUUUAUGUGUAUAAGAAACAUACAAGAAAUUGAAUUAAAACAAAUUAUGAGACUUACUUAGUUUCAGGUUAUUGCUGUUGGAUUAUAUUUUUAUCAGUCAUUUUUGUCUUCUUUUUUUCAGUAAUGUACCCUCAUAUUUUUCUGGAAGUUCAUUUAACCCCAUUUUUUUUUUAAAACUAUGAUAAUUAACAAGACUUCUUGGGCUUAAGGAUAAACAGCAGACACAAUGAAAAUUAGGUUAAGUGUGGUAUAAAAAGGUUUGACAAAAAUGAUAUGUGUUAAAUAUUUACUGUCUGCUCUGACUGGUCCCAAAACAGUGCUUGUAAAGUUAGUGUGGACUGCCUUGCUUAAACUUCGAUAUCCAUUUAUCACUAACAGCCCAUCUUCAAUCCAGGUUUCCCUACGCAAGCCUGACCAAUGUCAGCCACCAAACCUGAUGACCUGUGACAUCCUCUGUCCAUCUGUUUAACCAAGAACAAGGUAUGGGUCACAAAUAUUUGGGCAGUUACACAUUUGUAUUCUUCAGGCUCUGAGCUUCAGCGCAUUCAAUUUAAAAUAAAAUAUUGGAUACGA